AUGCCUAAUCAAAUGACCAAAGACGACUCCGCUCGCAUCCAGAGCUCCGAAGCCAAGUCCGGCAACGACACCGCCUUCGCCUCCUGCGCGCAAUCCGCCGGCGAAAAAAAUGCCAGUGCAAAUGCAGCUGGAAAUGCUUCCUCCCAUCAGGGUUUGGGAAAUGCUGCUGGAGCGGGGGUGGGAGAGAAGUCCGGUGGUGGCCCGGGUGGGAAUCAGGCGAAGAAGUAG